CUUAAGUAUCAAGCACUGCUGCUAGAGCAGGAUGACGUUACUUUGAAAACCACUUCUGUCGUUAACCCGGCUAUGUUUUUGUCUCCCACUUUAAUUGACGGUAUGCCUGAACAUGACUGCUUACAAACAAUUGAAGAAGUCCAUUCUAGUCGACCAGAUCUGAAGGACAGGCCCCUAGAAGAUCCAGAUUGGGAACUCUUCACAGAUGGGAGUAGCUUUGUGAAAAAUGGUAAAAGAAUGACUGGCUAUGCUGUGACCACACAGGACAAGGUGAUUGAGGCCAAGGCCCUGCCAGCAGAUGUAUCAUCGCAGAAAGCUGAAUUGAUCGCGCUGACGAGGGCCUUAGACCUGAGUGAAGGAAUGAAGGUAAAUAUCUGGGCUGAUUCUAGGUACGCGUUCAGUGUUGUCCAUGCCCACGGAGCCAUCUGGAAGGAGAGAGGACUUCUGAACGCUCAAGGCAAUCCAGUUAAACAUGCUCAACAAAUACUUGCUCUUUUAGAGAGCAUUAAAAAACCCACAGGAGUAGCUAUUAUGCACUGUAAAGGUCACCAAAAAGGGAAAACUGCUCCAGAAUUGGGAAAUUGCUUUGCUGAUAAAGUGGCAAGAGGAAUUGCAGAGAAAGGUAUCCUAGCAGUAAUUCCACAAAAAGAAAUUGAUUUAUCUGAGUUUACCCCAAAAUAUGAUCAAGCUGAUCAUAAACUAAUUAAGUUCCUUAAGGCUAAGAUCACAGAGAGUGGAUGGGCUGUUACACCAGCAAAUCAGGUUGUAGUAUCAUCCUUGAUCCUUCGGGAACUAGCCCAGAGAGAACAUGAAAACACACAUUUUGGAGUUGAGAAUCUUCUAAAACAUUUAAAAAAGGUAGUGAUAGGGAAGGGAAUGACUGACAUUGCACAAUCAGUAGUGAGUAAAUGUGAAAUUUGUUGUAAAAACAAUCCUGACACGAGGAAAAGAGUGGUGGUAGGAGUAACAAAGGCAGGGGAUCUUUCUGGGGAUUACUGGCAAAUAGAUUUUGCGGAGUUACCACGUAAAAAGGGAUACCGAUACUUGCUGGUACUAGUGGAUACUUUCAGUGGAUGGCCGGAAGCUUACCCCUGUCGCACCAACACAGCUAGGGAAGCAACAAAAGUCUUGCUUAACCAUAUCAUUCCGAGGUUCGGGGUUCCCUUGAGAAUGUCAUCAGAUAGGGGACCACACUUCGUUGCAAAGGUGAUUAAAGAGAUCAGCCAAAUCUUGGGAAUUACCUGGGACUUGCACACAUCAUAUAGACCCCAAGCGAGUGGUAAAGUUGAAGGCAUGAAUGGGACUCUUAAGACACAAAUUAGAAAAAUUUGUCAAGAGACAUCUAUGACGUGGGUCCAAGCGCUGCCUAUAGCCUUACUAAGAAUUCGCAUCCAACCCAGGUGAAGGGAUAACAUCAGUCCCUAUGAAAUAUUGUAUGGGAGACCCUAUCAAAUCCCACAUAUCCCAGGUGAGAUUCAUAUGAAAGGGAAACUUGAUUUACAAAGAUAUUUAAUAGCUCUAAGUUCUACUUUGCAGAAGCUUCAAACCUAUGUCGUGUUAUCUAGACCCAUAGGAUUGGAUACACCUGUACAUCCUUUCCAACCUGGAGAUUGGGUGUAUGUUAAGCGGUGGGACAGUGAUCCUUUACAAGCAAGAUGGAAGGGACCAUUUCAAGUCCUGCUGACCACCUUCACUGCAGUAAAAGUCGCUGACCAAGGGCCAUGGAUGCACUACUCCAAAAUUAAGAAAGCUUCUACCCCUGAGACAAUUGCGACAGCAAAGACUGAUGCAAAUGAUAAUACGUUGUAAAUGAAUUCUUUUCUAUGUUUAAUUGCUGUUUUCUUUGCAUUUCUGGCUGGGUAAGACAUAAUUUUUGUUAGAUACUCUUACUGCUAGAUAUUUAUUUUUCGCUAGAUACUUGUUGCUAUUUAGGUAGAGACUCGACAAGGUAGAGGCCUUGUCAAGCCUCUAAAGGGGGGGAAACUGAUGCCUUAGGGCUGUUUUUUUCUGUUUUGUCUGAUAGCACUGAGUGGUGCUAGGAUCUUCACGGGGUUAUGGGGGUAGGGCAGUCUUGUUCAAGGACAUUGUCUCCAAGCUCCAGGCCCGAGCAUAAACAACCUGGAAGAGAAGGGCAAGUCGAGAGGAGGGUGUUCGGUGUUUCAGGGUUAUUGAUUGGAUGGUGCAUUGCUAUAUGCAAAUGAAUGGAAACUUGUAAAAGGGGUAAGAACUGGGGACAAGCCCCUUUUUUUGUCUCCAUCUUGGAAAUAUUCGGGCUGGGCCACUUCUGUGGGUCUGGAGACGCAAGGGCAUGGGCUUGAAUAAACACUCAUUUUGUUCCUUUCACUCUGUUUAGCCUCUGUUUCAGCCUUAAGGCAUCACUUCCAGGUGUUGCUCACCACAUAUACCGCAGUGCAAACUCAAGAAAAAGGCUGGACCCAUAAUACCAGAAUUAAAGGAUCAGUACCACCUCCUGAUGCCGGGCCAGAUCCAACAGUAUUACCCGCCUCCUCUCAUACGUGGACAGCAAUUGUGAGACCAGGAGAUCUAAAUUUAACUCUCAAGAGAAAGCCAAAGUGAGCAAAAGCCUACCAGAGACUGAUACACAGUAAAGUAGUAAGAACUGUUUGCGAGUUGAAAUGCCACUGUAAGAGUUCAAGGACUUUGUAAUUGUUUAAUAAGUGUAUAGUUCUUUAGUCAAAAAUGUUAACUGAGGAAUUCCUAGUUAGAAUGUUAUGAAGUGUUUCUUAGUUCCUCAAAAGAAAACCAAGUUGAGAGCACCCUCCCCAACCUCUAUUCAAUCUCCUACAGAGCAUUCCCCUAGAGAACACCUAAAUUUCUUUGAGCAGUGUCUACUGGGAGAAUGCCCAGUAGGAGAUUGCAAAUUGAUGCGGGCUUCAGCCCGAUCAAAGAAA